AUGGUCCGCCUUCUCUCCGUCGCCGCGGUCUUCUUCACGAUCGUGUUCGGAGCUCAAGCUUCCCACAUCUGCCAAUGUCUCUUCCAGGAUGGCUCGCACUGCUGCGCCAGUGUCAACAACUUUGGUGCUGCGGAAGACUGCCAGGUUGUCUGCGUGGACAAGAAGCGUAACAAGGACGGCGCAGCCUGCAACGCUGGCGGCAAGUGGUCCAGCGUUGGCGGCUUCACCGUUCAGUUCCGCGAGCCAUGCCAGUAA